AUGGCGGAUCGCGAUGAGGCAGUCUACGGAGCCAAGCUGGCAGAGCAGGCGGAGAGGUACGACGAGAUGGUAGAGGAGAUGCAGAAAGUGGCAAAGAUGGUCCAUGAUCAGGAGCUGUCAGUGGAGGAGCGCAACCUGCUCAGCGUGGCCUACAAGAACGUCAUUGGGGCCCGCCGCGCCUCCUGGCGCAUCAUCAGCAGCAUAGAGCAGAAGGAGGAGAGCAAGGGCAACGAGGAGCACGUGAACAGGAUCAAAAAGUACCGCCAAGUGGUGGAGAAGGAGCUGAGCGAGAUCUGCUCCAGCAUCCUGCAGCUGCUGGACGAGCACCUUAUCCCCACGGCCUCCUCGGGUGAAAGCAAGGUCUUUUACCUGAAGAUGAAGGGCGACUACCACCGCUACCUGGCUGAGUUUAAGACGGGCGCGGACCGCAAGGAGGCGGCGGAGCACACCCUGCUGGCGUACAAGGCCGCGCAGGACAUCGCGCUCGUGGAUCUGGCGCCCACGCACCCCAUCCGCCUGGGCCUGGCGCUCAACUUUUCGGUCUUCUACUACGAGAUUCUCAACUCACCGGAGCGCGCCUGCCACCUCGCCAAGCAGGCGUUUGACGAGGCCAUCGCAGAGCUGGACACCUUGGGCGAGGAGUCCUACAAGGACAGCACCCUCAUCAUGCAGCUGCUGCGUGACAACCUCACGCUCUGGACCUCGGACAUGCAGGAUCAGGAUGCGGAUGCAGCUCGCGAGGGCGACGCCAAGGUUGAAGACGCCGACUCGUGA